GGGGCUGAUUUUUUUGGGGGGGAGGGGAAGGUUUGAGCAGAAAGCACUCCGCCUCUAACUAUAUCCUUUUCCCUUUCAGUUAUUUCCAGUUCUGCUCCUUUGGAGAGGCGGAAGGAAAGAAGGAAGGAAGGAAGGAAGGAAGGAAGGGGGUCUUUGGAGACAGCAGCAGGAAAGGAUCUAUAUCCCAGCUUUCUCCCAGAGUGGGAUGGGGGUGUACUUGGUUGAGGAGGAAUGAGAUCUCCUGGAUCUGGGAUAGAGAGAUCCCUACAUGGACAUCAGAAUGGAGGACGAUGGGAAGGUGGCUUCUCCAGCUGCAGGUGGUUAAAUCUGUGGGUAAAGAAUCCAUGGAUAUAGAGGGCUGUCUGUCUGUUCUGAGGGAAUACCUGAUAACACUAUGACCCACUUACAGUAACAAGCGAUAUAGUGAGGAUGAUUGGGAAGGAGCUCUGUCAGAAAGGAACAAGAAUAAACCAGGAAAAGAGACUUUGGAAUAUCAAAAGAAAGGACAAAUGAACAAAGGAAAGCAAUCAAAGAAAGGAAUGGAGGACUUGUUUGCUUCUCAGGAUUCUGACACAUGUGAAAUCCUGACCAUCCUGGAAAAUGUCACAAGUGAAAGCAGAGAAGAGUGUUGUUUCAGUGCAAAAAAAUUCAGAAGUAAAUGGCAUUUAAGACAGAAAAGAAUCCACCCAAAGGUGAAACCCUGUAAAUGCAUGGAAUGUGGAAAGAACUUCAUUAAUAGUGGAAAUCUAAAGUUACAUCAAAGAACUCACACAGGAGAAAAACCAUAUGCUUGCAUGGAAUGUGGAAAGCGCUUCAGUCAGAGUGGGCAUCUUCAGUCCCAUCAGAGAACCCACACAGGGGAGAAACCUUAUGAGUGCAUGGGAUGCGGGAAGUGCUUCAGUCAGAAAGAACAUCUCCGUUCACAUCAGAGAACCCACACAGGGGAGAAACCUUAUAAAUGCACUGAAUGUGGAAGGAGCUUCAGUCAGAAUGGAAAUUUGCGGUCACAUCAGAGAACCCAUACAGGAGAGAACCCAUAUGAGUGCAAGUCACAUGAAGUAAAACCACAUACAAGAAUAAAACCAUAUACAUGCAUGGAAUGUGGAAAGAGCUUCUGUCAGAAUGUUAAUCUGCGUUCACAUCAGAGAAGCCACACAGGGGAGAAACCUUACAAAUGCAUGGACUGUGGAAAGAGCUUCACUAGUAGUUCAUCAUGUUUGAUACACCAGAGAACCCACACAGGGCAUAAACCUUAUAAAUGUAUGGAAUGUGGAAAGAGCUUCAGUUUGAGUGGAUCAUUUAUUAAACACCAAAGAACCCACACAGGGGAGAAACCUUAUAAGUGCCCAGAAUGUGGAAAGAGCUUCAGUAUCAGUGGAAAUUUACGUUCACAUCAAAGAACCCACACAGGGGAGAAACCUUUUAAAUGUAUAGAAUGUGGGAAAAGUUUCAGUACAAAAGGAGGUCUAGAUGUACAUCGAAGAAUCCACACAGGAGAAAAACCAUACAUGUGCAUGGAAUGUGGAAAGAGCUACAAUUCAAGGUCACAUCUACAUAGACAUCAAAGAAUCCACACAGGGGAGAAACCACAUAAAUGCACAGAAUGUGGAAGGGGCUUCCGCCAGAAAGAACAACUCCGUUCACAUGAGAGGACCCACACGGGGGAGAAACCAUAUAAAUGUCUGGAAUGUGGGAAAGGCUUCAGUCACAGUGGAAGUCGAACUUUACAUCAAAGAAUCCACACAGGAGAGAAACCUUAUGAAUGUACGGAAUGUGGAAAGUGCUUCAGUAUCAGAGAAAAUCUGCGCUCCCAUCAAAGAAUCCACACAGGGGAGAAACCUUACAAAUGUCUGGAAUGUGGGAAGAGCUUCAAUCGGAACGAACAUCUGCGUUUACAUCAGAGAACCCACAUGGGACCAAAACAUUAAUUGCAUUAAUUGUGGUAAGAUUGUCAGUAGUAGUUCAUCUUUGAUAUAUUAAUAAUUUGCAUGGAGGUGAAACCAUAUAAAUGUAUGGACUAUGAAAAGACCUUCCAUAAUAGCGGAAAACUAUCAAAGAACCCACAGAGGGACGAAACCUUAUAAAUGAAUUGAAUGUGGAAAGAGCAUCUGUCAGAAUGGUACUUUGAGGAUUGGCAGGGGUCAUUCCAUGCGCUGAAUACUCUGUGAUUGUCACCUGCACUUUUGCUUGAAGGCACUACAAGUAUAUGUACUUGUACAGCUGUUCGUAAAGUUUUUCUUUUUAAUUUUUUAAAUUUCCUUAUAGCAUUAGAAUUCAAAGAUGUAGCCAUGUUAGUCUGUAGAAUCAGGGGCCUGUUACAGACUGCCAAAAUAAAGCUGCUUUGAGUCUC